UUUCAUUUCUAGCGUUAGGCAACUCGCUCAGAACCGCUGAAAACUCAGAAGAGGUUCAAAUCUGAUUUCUCAUGGAUUUCUACCUACGAUGUCAGAUAACAUCCGGAAACGCUACCACCAAAUAAGUAUGCGAGUAUAAUUUAGGAGAAAGAAUUAACCCCACCAAAACAUAAAGCGCCAGAGGAGAGGUGAGACUGGAAGACAAGGGAGCAUUUCGCAUCCGCUGCGGAAGACAGUGUGCCCUGGGGACCGGCUGGGGUCCGGUCCCCAUACUUCAGCACCGGAGGGGAUGGACAGCGUCUCUGGUCCCGGGGAGAGAACUGCUCUGAGACCGCCGCCGUCGCCACUGGCAGCUGGGCUCUCUGCUCCUCGCAGCUAAAAGGCUGUGCCUCCGAGUACCCCGACCCCUUCCCCUCCAUUGAAAGACGAGAAGUAAGCCUCCUUACCACCUGCUACAACUGCCGAACAGGGCUCCCUAGGUACUCCCGUUCCACGGAUUAAACUCCCAGUGCAGCAACUUCAAGAAUGAUUUUCUGUAGGGGGCUGGGCGGACUGCAAUCCGAAGAGUGAAGUCCAAGUUAAGAGGCUCUGAGAAACCAUGGGCUCUGCAGAAGGGGUCAACAUGCUCAAAGCCACACACUUCUUGAAAUAAAUAGAAUGUGCAUGAGAAGACUGCAACUGUUUUGGAAAUAGCUUUGUGAGAGGAGGUUCCAGAUCUAUGCAAAACCCUACGUUGGAGCAACUGAAAGACUUCCAAUUCCUUUACUUGGCUGACCCUUCUCCAGAAUGUUGAGAUUGCCAGAGAAGUGACCUUUGAGAAAGGAAACCAUUGCUGUACCUAAAUUCAGACAACAUCCUUUGUGGUGCCAUAGCACAUGGAUUUCAGGACUGCCUGUGAGGAGACAAAGACAGGGGUUUGUUUGCUGCAGGAUGGUAAUCAGGAGCCUUUCAAAGUCCGGCUGCACCUAGCCAAAGACAUUUUGAUGAUCCAGGAACAGGAUGUGAUUUGCGUGUCUGGUGAGCCUUUCUAUUCUGGUGAAAGAACAGUGACCAUCAGAAGACAAACUGUAGGAGGAUUUGGAUUAAGCAUAAAGGGGGGAGCAGAACAUAACAUUCCAGUUGUCAUUUCAAAAAUCUCCAAGGAGCAAAGAGCGGAACUUUCAGGACUGCUUUUUAUUGGGGACGCGAUUCUACAGAUAAAUGGAAUUAAUGUGAGAAAAUGCAGACAUGAAGAAGUGGUUCAGGUUCUUCGGAAUGCUGGAGAAGAAGUGACCCUAACAGUGUCAUUUUUAAAAAGGGCACCUGCUUUCCUCAAACUCCCACUGAACGAAGAUUGUACAUGUGCUCCCAGUGACCAGAGCAGCGGAACCUCUUCCCCUCUCUGUGACAGUGGCUUACACCUCAACUACCAUCCCAACAACACAGACACAUUGUCAUGUUCCUCAUGGCCAGCGUCUCCGGGCUUGCGAUGGGAGAAGAGGUGGUGUGACCUGAGGCUGAUCCCCCUACUGCACUCGCGCCUCUCUCAGUAUGUGCCUGGGACAGAUUUGUGUCGGCAGAAUGCUUUUCAAGUCAUUGCUGUGGAUGGGGUCUGCAGUGGGAUCAUUCAGUGCCUAUCUGGUGAAGAAUGUAUUGACUGGCUACAAGCAAUAGCAACUAAUAUUUCAAACCUCACAAAGCACAAUAUUAAAAAAAUCAACAGAAACUUUCCUGUAAACCAGCAGAUCGUCUACAUGGGAUGGUGUGAAGCACGGGAGCAGGACCCCCUGCAAGAUCGCAUGUACUCUCCAACAUUUCUGGCCCUGAGAGGCUCAUGUCUUUACAAGUUUCUGGCACCUCCAGUGACAACAUGGGACUGGACCCGAGCAGAGAAAACAUUUUCAGUUUAUGAAAUUAUGUGCAAGAUUCUAAAGGACAGUGACCUUCUGGACCGGCGGAAACACUGCUUCGCGGUGCAGUCCGAGUCUGGGGAGGACCUCUGCUUCUCUGUGGAGUUAGACUCGGACCUCGCCCAGUGGGAAAGAGCUUUCCAAACAGCAACCUUUCUGGAAGUGGAACGGAUACAGUGCAAGACCUAUGCAUGUGUGCUAGAAAGUCACCUAAUGGGACUCACAAUUGACUUCAGCACAGGAUUUAUCUGCUUUGAUGCCACAACAAAGGCUGUACUGUGGAGGUAUAAAUUUUCUCAGCUUAAAGGUUCUUCAGAUGAUGGCAAGAGUAAAAUCAAAUUUUUGUUUCAGAAUCCAGAUACUAAACAAAUUGAAGCAAAGGAGCUGGAAUUUUCAAAUCUAUUUGCUGUUCUUCACUGCAUUCAUUCAUUCUUUGCAGCCAAAGUGGCUUGUCUGGACCCUCUCUUUUUAGGCAAUCAGGCUGCUGUUUCUGCUUCUGCCGCGUCUGCUACCACAAGCAGAGGAAAGUACACGACUUGACAUAGGCUGUGCAUCACCACUUACCAUAAUUGUAUAAACAGAAUAAACAUAUUCAUUACUAUGGACCUCAGAGAAACAAUGAUACCACCACCUCAACAGUGAAGUCAAACUGAAAUUUCAGCAGAGAGAACUAUCAUAAGGGAUCAUAAAAGCAUUUCUAUUUUGGAAGGCAGCUGUGAAUAAUUCCAAAUGAACAGAACCAGCUUGUUCUUGCUCAGUUGAUUCGUACCAGUAUCCUGCAUUCAUCUAAAGUGGAGACAAAGAAUGAUUUGAAGUAUGUACAUACUAUAAAAAUUAUAAACUACCUAUAAAUAAAAAUACCAGUUAAAUGGUUAUUUCUGUAUUUUAGAUUAUUUUGUAUGCCAAAUACAUGUUGGGCCAGAUCAUGAACUAAUGACCUAUCAUUGUAUGAGUGACAUAAAGGAGGCAAAAACCAUAUGGCAUCAAGGGGACUAGCAUGCAAAAAAUCUCAUCAAAGAAGAAUGCACUUUCAUUUGCUCAUGUAGAUUUCCCCUCGUAUUCUCUUUCCAUGGUUUAACACUGGCACUCCAGCUUGGUUUAUCUUAUUGUAAAAUAUUCCUUAGAAUUACAAAAUAAUAAUUACAUUGACCUAUGAUAGACACAGUGUGAAAUGGGCUAUUUCUCCCUUGUAUCACUGAUACUAAAUAUUUUAGUCAUUGCCAAUGUUAAACACACAUGCCAAAAUGUGUUAAUUUAAUUAUGAAUGGAAGAAACGUUCAUGUAUGUUUUGUUCUUUCCUUCAUUUAGGGAAAUUUGUAUGUUACUUAACAGGGUUUGUUAUCAAAUUAAAGUUUCAUAAAUUUCAGUGACCCUAAAAACUUCUAUAAAUAAAAUAAUGUCAAUAAAUGCAGUAUGAGAAAUAAUUCUUUGUAAUCCUAACCCUACCAGUUAAUCCUGGACUGAAAUGUCCCUAGAAAGGAGUCUCAAAGCUAUUACUUAUGUUAGGUAAAUGAAAUGUUUUCAUUUUAGUAAUAUUUUAUGAGAAAAUAAGGUGAGAUAUGAAAAUAUAAUUUAAAAUUUCUAACUUACCGUGUCAUAAAAGUUAUUAUGUAAUGCCAAAUUAUUAGGGUUAUUUUAGAUAUCUUGUCUUAGGAGUGUAAAUGUGAAAGGCUGGAAAUUCAAAGGCAUCGAAAGUAUGUGUACAUAGUUCAGAUCCCAGAUAUUUCAUAACUAUUUGUGUAAUGUGGAAAUAUUCUCUGUCCUUCACUACCACACUACUGAGAGCUGCUUUUAAAGAACAAGUUGCCUAUUAAAAGAUAAAAAUUACUUUGUAUUAACACAUGUUCUCUGAAAUUAAUCAAACUAAACUAAAUCAAAUUGGAUAUUUCCUUGUGAAGAAGACCAAGCAUCAAUACUUGGUUUUAUUUUAUAUUUUUUAAAUAGGAGAAAAAAAGUCACUCAAGAAAGAAACAAAUUUACUUAUAAAAAGGGCACAUGAUCAUUAUAAUUAAAAAGUUAACAUUUCUAUAAUUAUUGUGUUAUUCAUUUUACAUCUGAUUAAUUCUUAAGCACAUGAUAUUGAAAAGAAAAAAUUAAGGAUUAUAAUUGUAUCUGGAUAAGUGUUAAGUUAUAUCUAGGACACCUUACUAAAAGAACUGUGGCAAAUUGGACAAUAAAGUUUUUAAUAUAAUUUAUUUUGAUCCUAAAACUAAAUACAUAUCCAUAAUUUGGUUAACACUAGAAUUAUUGCUCAUUAUGUAUUGGUCAAACACAACAAUCAUUCUAAAAUCAGAAGACUACUAAAAGCAGGCUUCAGUUGGCCACUUACUGAACUUAAAAGAGUAGAGGGAAGAUCUCCCUUAGGAUUUUCAACAGUUGUAGCCAGUUCAUUAUCUGCUACUAACUGGAGCUAUACCUCAUUGUGCCCCACAUUGGGGUAACAUCUCUCUGUCCACAGUGGGAUAAUCUGGUCUACAGGUAACAGGAAAUGGCUUAGUUAGCCAAAAAAAAGUUUUAAAACUUUAUAUAAGUGUAAUGUAAUCAUUUAAAACUCAGACUUUGUAAAAGAUGGAUAUUAAAAAGAAAAAGACAAUUUGAUUAAAUAUCUUUUUUGUUAUAUCAUAAAGAUCUUCUAGCCUGUGCUUAUUAUGUCUAUGAUGAAGAAAAGAUGGUACACAUGAGGUACGCAUGGGUAUAUAUAUCCUUGUGCACGCGUGCGCGCGCACACACACACACACACACACAUAUACAUAUAUGUAUAUAUAAAGUAAAACAUUAACCACAAAUUAUAUUAGGAGAAUAUAUUUCAAAUAUAUAUGCUUAAUGUAAUUUAAAUUUACUUUGUAAAUUAUAGCUUGAAUUAAAAUUUGUGAUAAUACCACAUGGUGUUUAUUUUUGAUACUACUGUUAAAAUAUCAACAGGCCUAACACAAUUAGUAGAGUAAACACCUAUUAGAAAAUAAAUAUUCUUCUAGUUUUCAUCAGCUAGUGAAUAGCAUUUCACAUUUCCUUUUGCAUGCAAUGAUUAGCCACUGUCAUCUGUUUUAAUUUGGACUACUUGAGAAAGUUUAGAAAUGAACAAAAAAACAACAUAAAUCUCUAUUUCUCAUGUAAUUUAGGUUUAGAUGCAUGAGAUUUACUCAUCAAAUUCUAGUUUGUAUAGAGCACAUUUUAAGAACAGAAUGCUUAAUUAUGCGUUAACCCUCCAGUGCCUUGGUAUAUCAUAUGUGUGUGUAUGUGUGUGUGUGUGUAUACAUUACACAUAUAUAUGUAUGCAUAUAUAUAUAUAUAUGUACACAUACAUAUAUAUGUAUGUAUGGACAUGAUUCAUUGCAGUGUACAUGGUGCAAGCUCAAGGGGAAUAUUCUAUAUAGGUACUUAGGUCAGAGAACAGAGUUCAAAAAUCAUUUGAAAUCUUUCCUAACUACUACAAUAAUGUAUUUUGCCUGACAAAAAAAAAUAACAAUUAAUUUAAUUGAAGUAUAUUAAAGAGGGGCAUUUUUAAUUUAUGUUGCAAUAAGUAUUUUUAAAUACUUUAAUAGAUAAUGUAAGUGUAAUGUGUACUCCAACAUUUAUCAUCCAACACUAUUUCUAAGAGAGAAUAGUCAGCUAAUCAUUUUUUGUCCAUUUUUCAGGCAUAUACCAACUUAUAGCUUUAAAGCCUGUGCUUGCAAAACUGUCAUUCAGCAAGAAAAAAAGUAAUUUCUUGGGAAAAAAAGGUCAAAUUCACAUUAACCAUGUAAGCAAAUAAAUUUUCCUCUGGGUGCAUUAAUUUAUAAAGUGACAUUUCUCUCACAACAACAAAGCUUGUUUAUAAACUGUACAUUCAAUGUUGGGUAUGAGAGAAGCUUGAUUUAUUGCUGUGGAAAAAUAAUAAUCCUAACAAUUAUUUAGAAUUACUGCUAGAAAUCAGCAGUGUGGAGAAGCUUUAAAAGCACAAGGAUAAUCUUGUGCUUAAGUUUUUAAGGUAAGUGUAUAUGUUCUGAUAUUAGUAACAUUUUACUACACUUAAUACUGCUAUAUACAUGAGCUCUUCUUAAGGAAUUGCUUUAUCCAUACCUCUAAAAUUCUUGUUUAUGGUUUAUUCUUAUUCAUUAAUAUCUUCAAAUCAUAAUUCACUUAUUUGCACAUUUGAAGUUUCUUUUGAAGAUAAAUACAAUAUUAUAAAUGUUAUAUAUUUUAUACAUAUUAAAAAUGCAAUGAAAAUACAAG